GUGUGUGUGUGUGUGUGUGUGUGUGUGUGUGUGUGUGUGUGUGUGUGUGUGUUUAUUCAGCGGAGCAGCUGAGGAUGGGUCGGGAGGAGAGAGGAGCCUCUCAUCUCGUCUCCAUGACAUCUCGGACCUCGCUCCUGCGCUCUCCCGGCAGCCUCCGCUUCAUUUCCUCCGGUUUCAGCCGCUGACAGCGGCGCUCUGCUCCGUCUCUGCUCCGUCUCUGCUCCGUCCGCCCGAGCGGCGCGUCUCCGUCCGUCCAGGCGGAGAAAAGCCCGUUAACACUCAGAAAAAAACCCUUCUGCUCCCCGGAGGCUGACGGACCGCCUGUUUCUGUCGACAUGGAUGAGGACAAUCACGGUACAGAUGGCAUUUCCAGUGUUGGGAGGUUGUGAGCAGGAGUUUUCUGUCUUCAGACAUCUGGAAGUAAAAAGUUCCCGAGGACCUGUCCCUGGAGGAGAGGGACGAGCUUUCAAACAUCCGGCGGAGGAAGCGGGAGCUGCUCGACGACAUCGAGAGGCUGAAGUUCGAGAUCGCAGAGGUCAUGACGGAGAUCGAGCAGCUGACGUGCGUCGGAGAGAGCAAAACGUCCCAGAGGAACAAACAGAUCGCCAUGGGCAGGAAGAAGUUCAACAUGGACCCCAAAAAGGGAAUCCAGUUCCUGCUGGAGAACGACCUCCUCCAGCACACGCCCGAGGACAUCGCCCAGUUCCUCUACAAAGGCGAGGGGCUCAACAAGACCGUCAUCGGAGACUAUUUAGGCGAGCGGGACGACUUCAACAUCAAGGUGCUCCAGGCGUUCGUGGAGCUGCACGAGUUUGCGGAUCUGAACCUGGUCCAGGCGCUACGGCAGUUCCUGUGGAGCUUCCGCCUGCCGGGCGAAGCUCAGAAGAUCGAUCGCAUGAUGGAGGCCUUCGCCUCGCGGUACUGCCAGUGCAACGCCGGCGUCUUCCAGUCCACAGAUACCUGCUACGUGCUGUCCUUCGCCAUCAUCAUGCUGAACACCAGCCUGCACAACCCCAACGUCAGAGACAAGCCCCCCGUGGAGCGCUUCAUCUCCAUGAACAGAGGCAUCAACGAGGGGGGAGACCUGCCCGAGGAGCUGCUCAGGAACCUUUACGACAGCAUCAAGAACGAGCCCUUCAAGAUCCCGGAGGACGACGGGAACGACCUGACGCACACGUUCUUCAACCCCGACAGGGAGGGCUGGCUGCUGAAGCUCGGCGGCCGGGUCAAGACGUGGAAGAGAAGGUGGUUCAUUCUGACCGACAACUGCCUCUAUUACUUUGAGUACACAACAGAUAAAGAGCCUCGUGGGAUCAUACCACUGGAGAACCUCAGCAUCAGGGAGGUGGACGAGCCCCGAAAGCCAAACUGCUUCGAGCUCUACAACCCCAGCCACAAAGGCCAGGUGAUCAAGGCCUGCAAGACGGAGGCGGACGGCCGGGUGGUGGAGGGGAACCACGUGGUGUACCGGAUAUCGGCCCCCACCCCCGAGGAGAAGGAGGAGUGGAUCAAAUCCAUCAAGGCGAGCAUCAGCAGGGACCCCUUCUACGACAUGCUGGCCACCAGGAAGAGGAGGAUAGCCAAUAAGAAAUGAUGACCGCCCGCCUCCUGCUGCGCCUGUCCGACGGGGCGCCGUCGAGCGUGUGUGUGUGUGUGUGUGUGUGUGUGUGUGUCAGUGUGUGUUUCGGGAGGCCUUCCCCCCCGUCCGGUCUGUCAGGUGCGACGAUGAGGAUGAGCCGCACACACACCGGGAACCUCAGAUCACCUGUCUGAAGCCUCCUGCCUCUCAGGGCUGAAUGAACUGGAAGGACUGCAGCCAUGCCCGAGAGCGCCCUCUGCUGGAGGCUGGAACAGACAGCCCCGGACCCCCGGAGCCUUCCGCAUCCGCCGCCAGCACCGCUCAUCCUCAGGAGUCAGCUGGUCUGACCGGGCUGAAUUAUGCAACCAUUCCGUGGAGAAGCUGCACUUCACUCUGAACAUCCAGCUUCCUGAUCAAGUUCAUUUCCUUUAUAUUUAUUUGUUUUUCCUCCGGCCUCCAUCAUGCAUGUGUAGCCUAUAAUGUACAUACUGAGGGGUUUUUUUUCUCCUAUGUUGUGUUCAUGUAGUGUAAGUCCUGGCUGUGGCUGUUCUCCGUGGAGCAGUGAGGCUCAGACAGACUGGACUUUAAAACUGGAAGUGUUGUUUUGCUGCGUUUUAAGUUUUCAGCACCUCGAUACUUUGACGUAGACUUUUGAAUAAUAAAAAAAAAAAAAACAACUAAUGCA